AUGUCCUCCUCGCUAGACGAAAACACCGAGAAAGCGAAUACAACACCCUCCCAUCUCGACCCAUCCACAUACCCACGCACCGCGCACCUCCCCGCGGAAAACAUCUAUCUCGAACUAACCUACACCCCGCUCAACCCAACCACACUCCUCACUCAAACGUCCUCGCCAGCAGCGGGAGCCAACGUCCUGUUUCUCGGCACAACGCGCAACACAUUCGACGACCGAGCGGUUGCUCAACUCAGCUACACGGCGUAUGCCCCGCUGGCCCUAAAAACACUCACGCAGAUCGCGCGCGCCGCGAGGGAGAAACAUGCGCUUGUGGGCGUGAGCAUUGCGCAUAGACUUGGUGUUGUGCCUGUCGGAGAGGCGAGUAUUGCGAUUGCCGUGAGUGCGGCGCAUAGGGGUCCUGCGUGGAGGGCUGGUGAGGAGGUGCUCGAGGUGUGCAAGGAGAAGCUGGAAGUGUGGAAGAGAGAGGAGUUUGUGGGCGAGAGCGCCGAGGAAGGGGCGUGGAGGGCGAAUAGAGAUAGAGAUCGGGAGGGGAAUUUUCUAUAA